UUCUAGGGAUUCAGAAGAAAUGACGUAGUAAACGAACUGGGCUUUAAAAGCCCAAGCCCAUUUAUUUGUAAAUCACGUGGAGUCACGUGACUGUGGGAUUCAGAAGAUAGUUAAUAAACUGGGCUUUUAAGGCCCAAGUCUGUUUAAUUCGUAAAUCACGUGACUCACGUGAUUGUCUUCUUCUUCUUUAAAUAAUAAACCCCUAAGUUUUCAGAAUCUUUUCUUCAGCCGCCGCUUGUGUUUCUCCUCCUCUCUACGAUCAUGGUGGGGUUUAAGAACAGGUUCAUGUUGAUGGAGGUCUAUCUCGACCCAGACAAGGAUCUCUUAGGAGAAGGAACUCCUGUUAUCCUCACGAAACUCAACCUCUCCGAAGCGAUCAAAGACAGCAUCCUCGUCAAUUUCGGCGAGUGCGGUCUCGCCUCUUGUCUCGGAUCCUUCCACGUCGCGUAUGUGAACCCGGUCACGAAGCUGUGCAUUGUAAGAUCGUCGAGAGAUGAACACAGACGAGUUUGGUCGGCGAUGACGCUGGUCAGAAGCGUCGGGAACUGCCCCGUGGUGUUUAACUUGCUCGAUAUCAGCGGUUGCGUUAGAGCGUGUCGAGACGCGGCCUUGAAGUGCGAGACGGAGAAGUUUAAUCAGUCUGGUAAAGGAUUGUCUGAAGAGGAGGUUCGAGAGAUGAAUAGGUGUUUAGAUAAACUCAAACUAUUGUAAUAACUCGACUUUUUCGAAUUUGACCCCUAAGUUUUCAAAAUGUGCAAUCCUCCCCUUGUCUUAUAUACUGUUGCGAUUUGAUCUGGA